CUAAUUAGUAUAGCAAUUCUCCCAAUAAUUUGACAUGUUAAUGACAAGCAAAGUGAGGACUCAGGAGCUAAGAAAAAUACAAAAAAUCGAAACCAGAAAAACCGACCAUCUCCUCUUUACGCAACACGCACAUACAUAUUUGGAUCUUCAAUCGGCCAUUGAAACACACAGCAAACAUGUGUGGGCUUGGAUCUUAGAGUAGAGAUGGGAGGUUUAAUGGUGGAGAGGUAUGAAAAGCUAGGGUUAAAGGAGUCGCUGAGUCGAGCCUAUCAUUACCCAAUUGCUUGUGAAGAGCUAAGCUGUAUUCUAAGAAAUGCAUAUUCUAAAAUCCCCAAAAAUUUGCAAUCUCUCAUCUUUCAGGAUUCCCUCGCUGCCUUUCGCCUCCUCCCUCAAAUGCAGACACAAGCAGCCAUAUCAGCAGCAAAUGGCCUGCUUCACAGCAUCGAGGCUGCAUUACCUAAACAAAAAAAAGUUUUAGCUGCAUCUGAAUUUAAACAGGCUAUGGUUGCUCAAAGGAGGCGACGGAAGGUCCAACCAAUGGUAGAAGGUAGGAGCCAACUUCCUCAGGAUAUUCUUGUACACAUAUUUGGCUUCUUAGAUUUAACGUCUCUUGUCACUGCCUCUUUAGUCUGCAGGUCGUGGAGUGUGGCAGCUAGUGACAACCAUCUGUGGCAGUCGAUGCAUAUUAGCUUUUUCGGAAGGCCAAGUGACAACCCAAAUAUUAUCAGGCUUACCUAUGGUGUGGAGAGAAUUACUUUUACUCCGGGAAAUACCACCACAGCUAGUGUUGACUGGAGAGAUGCUUUCAAGCGAGCUUAUAGAGGAAUUUCAAGAAAGGUAACAUCCCAGAGGGGCUUUUGCAAGCAGUGCAAUUCAAUUGUUUGGCUGAGUAAUUCCAAGUGUUCCAAUGAAUGCUUUGGGAAAAUUUCUGAUGAACAUCAGAUCAUGCCUGUGUCAAUUAAACAGAUUGUGGACUACGUAAUAGAGGAGUCCAUACCUUCCUCAGAUAGUGACAGUGAUACAGAUGACUCGGUUGAUGGCUCACUCUUCAAGCUGUGGGCGUAUCCCAUGAGAUUUGGCGAGCCGCAUGCUCGAUGUGGUAGCAUAUAGAAGAUCUUUGUUAAUAUAUCGAGACAAACAGUUCAUUGGCUGGGGACUGAAACAAUGAGGUAAAGGAUUGUAAUUAAUGUCCACGUUCAAAUAUCAAUCAAAUGUGACAGUUAAUUAGCCUUCUCCGUUGUUUUGUCCUUUUUGUUGUUUCUGGCUUGGUUGGGGAGCUUUACAGUUUAUGUGAAAUGGUCGAAUUACAUCCUUUUUACGU